UUUGCAGUGUGUGUGUUCACCUGGGUGGAGUGAUGGACAGAAACACACCCUGGUUUAACCACAGAGUAGGAGGAUUCAAUGAUACACACUGGGUAACACACACACACACCGCUGAAGGGAACGGAGUUAAAGAGUUCGACUUUUGACCUCUUCUGUCAGGAUACAGAAAGAUGACUGAACCUGGCUCAAUUAAAGGCAUCAAAUACAAGCCUGGCCUACAGAUAUGGUCUAUAAAUGAUAUGAAAUUGGUUCCUGUGCCAGAAGAAGCAUUUGGGAAUUUCUUUGAAGGAGACUGCUACGUGGUUCUCUAUGGAGGUCCAGAGAAUGCUCGCACCAUGGACAUCCAUUACUGGAUAGGGAACAGCUCCUCUCAGGAUGAGCAGGGUGCCGCGGCCGUCUAUGUUACGCAGCUGGAUGGAUGUUUGGGUGGAAGUCCAGUGCAGUACCGGGAAGUCCAGGGCUGUGAAUCAGUCAAGUUUAAAAGUUACUUCAAAAAUGGCAUAAUAUAUAAAAAAGGAGGCGUGGGAUCAGGGUUUAAACACGUUGAGACCAACGUCUAUGACAUUUUGCGUCUGCUGCACGUCAAAGGCCGGAAGGAUGUCACUGCCAUGGAGGUGGAUUUGUCAUGGGCAAGCUUCAACACUGGGGAUGUCUUUCUGCUGGACAUGGGGAAAAACAUUGUGCAGUGGAACGGCCCUCAGAGCAACAGACAGGAGAGAUUAAAGGCAUGUAUGCUAGCUCAGGACAUCAGGGAUAGAGAGAGAGGGGGACGAGCACAGAUCGGAAUAGUAGAGGGAGAAAAAGAAGAAGCCUCCCCAGAACUGAUGAAGGUCAUGGCAUCUGUGCUGGGCCAGAGGACUAAACCACUGAAAGAAGCUGUCCCUGACAACACAGCAAACCAAUUCAAGACCACUAAUGUCAAGCUUUACCAGGUAUCAGAUGCCAGUGGUAAGCUGAUAGUACAGGAGGUCGCUUCUAGUCCAUUGACCCAAAGCCUUCUGCAUUCUGAUGACUGCUACAUUGUAGACAUAGGCGGCGUCUCUUUAGCAGUGUGGAAAGGAAAGAAGGCUACUGAACAGGAAAAGAAUUCAGCCCUUCAACAGGCAGUGGGAUUUAUUAAAGCCAAAAACUAUCCCCCUACCACUCAUGUGGAAGUUAUGAGUGAAGGAGCAGAAUCUGCCAUGUUUAAACAACUCUUCAAAUCCUGGAAAGAGAAAGGCCAAACCCAGGGCCUGGGGAAAACCUACACCAGGGGCCAGAUAGCCAAAGUUGACCAGGUGAAGUUCAAUGUCAUGGAACUUUAUGCUGAGCCGAAACUUGCUGCACAGGAACGAAUGGUGGAUGAUGCUUCUGGAGAAAUAAAGAUUUGGCGUAUAGAGCACUUGGAACUUCAGGAGGUACCCCCCAGUACUUAUGGGCAGUUUUAUGGAGGAGACUGUUAUCUUAUUCUCUAUACCUACACCAGGGCCAACAAACCACAGUACCUCCUCUACAUGUGGCUGGGCCGCCAUGCCACACAGGAUGAGAUAACAGCAUGUGCAUACCAGGCAGUGAAUAUAGACAACAAAUAUAAUGGAGCACCUGUUCAGGUCAGGGUGACCAUGGGUAAAGAGCCACGCCAUUUUCUGGCCAUGUUUAAGGGUAAACUCGUCAUCUAUGAGGGUGGGACAGGAAAACCGGGAGUGGUAAACCCUGAUCCCGGUGCUAGGCUUUUCCAGGUUAAAGGAACGGAUGAAAUGAAUACCAAGGCUACAGAGGUGCCAGCAAGAGCUUCUUCUCUCAACAGCAAUGACGUCUUUCUUCUGAAAACAAAGGACGUGACUUACAUGUGGUAUGGCAAGGGCUGCAGUGGUGAUGAGCGUGAGAUGGGGAAGACUGUAGGUGAUGUACUUUCAAAAGAGGACAAGCAAAUUGUGAUGGAGGGCCAAGAGCCGGCUCAGUUCUGGGUAGCCCUGGGUGGAAAAGCGCCAUAUGCCAGUGACAAGAGGUUCGAGCAGGCGACACCAUCGCACACUCCUCGCCUUUUUGAGUGCUCUAACCAGACAGGCCAAUUCCGUAUGAACGAGGUGGGCCAAUUCUCUCAGGAUGACCUGGAUGAGGACGAUGUCAUGUUGCUGGACACUUGGGAUGAGGUUUUCCUGUGGAUUGGCAACUCUGCCAACCAGUUUGAGAUCCAGGAGUCUCACAACUGUGCAAUAGAAUAUCUGAAGACGCAUCCAGCUGGUCGCGACCCUAAUACCCCCAUUAUCUCUGUAAAACAGGGCUACGAGCCGCCGACUUUCACAGGAUGGUUCAACGCCUGGGAUGCUCACAAGUGGAGUGGAGGUUUGUCGUAUGAGGAGAUGAAGAGUAAACUGUCUGCCUCGGGAUCGGUUUCACAGAUCAGUGUGAACAUGAACAGCAAAGUCAUCAACAGGAAGUCAGUGGGCGGAGAGAUGCUCAGCAGUGCCCCUGGGGGACCCAUCGCUGAAAUUGCCUCUCAGGUCUCCAAAUCCCAAAAUCCUCGACCCCUCAUGAGCAGCAGCAACGCACGUGUCAAUACGGCUCCUGUUAAAAGUAAAAUCACAGUGAAUUUGGGUCCUGAGCAGCUGAGCAAUAAGAGCUCUGCUGAGCUUCCUCAGGGGGUGGAUCCCGAGAAACGAGAGAAUUAUCUGAGUGAAGCAGACUUCGAGAGUCUCCUCGGCUGCACCAGAAGCGAUUUCCAGCGCUUGCCAAAGUGGCGUCAGAGCGACCUGAAAAAGAAAGCCGGGCUUUUAUAAGAAAACAAAAUAAUGGAAAAGAAACCUUUAUGUAUCUAAUGGGCAUAAUCGACUAGACAAAGAAAUACAAUGGAUAUAUAACAAAUAUUCCCAAACAGCUGAUAUUUUAGAAAAUAUUACCGCCAGAUCAAAUCAGUAUCACUGAAACAGCAAUUUGCUUGCAGAAAUGCCUUUUAUAUGCUUAAGCUAUUAUUAUAAGCUAUUAUAUGCUUAAUAGCUAUGACAUGUAUGCUUGAGAAUAAACUUUGUUGAGUAAUAAAUGGCUGUAUGUAGAGCAGGUUGUGAAAAAGUAUUCAGACUGAUUUCCCAAUCUGACAGAAGGUCCGUUUAUUUACAAAUAAACAAAUGAUUUCAUAAGUACAAUGCACAUAUAAAAUGUAAAAAGACAUCAUUGUAACCUGUAGAGCGGUAGAAAAUAUACGACUUGUUACUUAAGUGUAUUUAGAGUUCAGUCCUAUUUCCAAAUCUCUGUCUCUGAAAUGAUAUUUCAGUAGGUUUGAACAUUUCUCAUUUUCAUUCC